CACACGGGCCUCCCCGCGAAGAUGACCCAUUUGGUGCAAGGUAUUUAUUUACAUUAAUUUAGAUUAUCGAUGUUAUAAUUUUUUUCUAUAAUUUUAUUCAAGUUGCUAUACAUUUAUUAUUAUUCAAGUGGAGACAGACCAAGAUGUACAGUGCCUCUGCUAGGCAAAAUGUACGCUACUUUAGGAAUGAACUUGACUGCUUGCAGUUCCGAAACGUUGUUUGGCAACCGUCCGAUAUUGAUAACUUGCCUGCUUAUUGUCGUCGUAGUCCUCAACGAUGGACUUUCCAAGGCUAUGUUAUUUAUCGUUCGAUUAUUGAGCCCGUCAUGCCUAUGCGAUUCACACGACAGUUUGGGAUGUUGCAAACCAUGCCUGAGCUUGAUGUGAAUACAAUAAAGAAAGCGGAGUGUCGACUCGGUAAAGUUCCCGGAGCGGUUGCAGCAGAGGUUCGAGAAAACCUUAGGGGUGCUUUAGAAAACUUUGGCCACAAUGAAAAUGAGCUUCUUGAAGACGAAGAAAUGCAUGGAGACGAGGAUGAGUUUGAUGCUGACGAGGUCGAGACUGGUCCAGAUUUUCCACAAACUGACAUUACUCAACCCGGACAAAGUACCCAAGAAGAUCUUUUUGAUGGUUACGGGAUUAUAUCCAAAAUAUCUGGAAAAAUUCCUUACUCCGUCCCCGGUAUCAGUUCGAUGAAAUUGAUGGGCAUCGACAGUGAUAGGUUAUGGGAAAUAUUUUUCCAUAAGGCCAUUCCCUUGGGUUUACUAGAAGUAUACAUCCACAGUGCUCGUGCGGGUGGAGAUGAGGUCGGUCCAUCGAGACGUGAUGAUCGUGUUCGUUCGCAGGGGGAGACGAUUGCAGAUGAAGUUAUUGACAACCCUGACUCUGAUGAUGAUGAUGAAGAGUACAUUCCUUCGGACGAUGACAUUGACACAGAAGAACAUUGGAUCCAUGAAAUGGAAGCUGAAGCUGGUGUAAGAGGAAUUUCUGGUGGCGUGUCUGAUGGCCCUCUUGCAAUAGGAACUGUAGUCGAUGUUGUCUAUGCAUCCGAACCACCAAACCUUAAUGCUACGCCUGAAGAGACCCCGCGGUUUAAAACUACAGACCGGAUUGAUAAUGAAACGUUUUUGUCUUCGCCACGUUCGGAGCAACUUCAUGACAAAGUUCCGGAACAGUGAUCUUAAAAAUUUGGUUUGGGCCGCUGGUAGUACACAUAAUAUCCAACANAAAUAGUUCUGAGAGUUUCAACAAUAUGCUGAAAGGUUGUCGAAUG